UUCCAGCGACAGUCAGUGUUCUAUUCGGUGGCUUGCAUAUACUCCAACGGGAGCUGCAGGUCUUUCGCGUUCCAAGGCUUUACACUUCAUCAGGAUGAGUACGUGUUCCUAAAACUGUACCAAACACCAGAUCAGUUUUGCCCCACGGGCUGUUAGCUGUAUUCUGCCGUAAGCACAUACUGCACGUUUCCGUAACGCAAAACGUUAAGCAACGUGGUGACUGAAAGCCGCGACCGAGAGAUUGGAAAAAUGUCAUGGCUUCGCUUCGUGUCGAUUAUGUUCUGUGCGAUCAUGCUUGUGAAGGCUCGCGAAACUUGGCAGAAGCCGGGAUGCCAUAAAGUGGGACACACGCGAAAGAUAAGCAUUCCGGAUUGUGUCGAGUUUACCAUCACUACCAAUGCAUGCCGUGGGUUCUGUGAAUCGUUUGCCGUUCCGUCGGCCCCGUUUGCGCUCGUUGGCCACAAACCUCCGCAACCCGUUACGUCCGUGGGACAGUGCUGCAACAUCAUGGAAACGGAAGACGUUCGGGUGCGUGUGCUGUGCGUGAAUGGGAUUCGGAAUCUGACGUUCAAGUCGGCCACAAACUGUUCCUGUUACCAUUGCAAAAAGGAUUAAUUAGGGCUAGAGCGGUCCGAGUCCGGGGCCGCCAAUCGUUCCCUCGUCAUAGGCAUGUGAAGCGGUGCGAUGUUCAAUUCAUUUAUUUACCUCUGAGCCACUUGUUUGGAACCAAAAUGGGAUGAAAGCUAUUUAGGAUGGUGUACAAAAUAUUACAAGACGCUAUACAUAUACCGCUGGAUAAAUAAAUUU